UUGGGGGGAGGAGAAACACAAGCAGGUGCGGCGGAGGCUCAGCGCGAUGCUGACUGGAUUUUGCUUCUCUUUCCAGCACUGUGGGGUCAGAGCAGAAGAACCCAUCGGGCUCUUUCCUGCGGCUGCCUCUCCGGCAUGAGGCCUCAGCGCCCGCGCGGGACGACCCCCUUUCUCCUGCGAGAGAGCUCAAGGAGAGGCCGAAGCCGAGACGAUGCCUGGGAAGCUGAAGGUGAAAAUCGUGGCCGGGCGCCACUUGCCAGUGAUGGACCGUGCUAGUGACCUGACUGAUGCCUUCGUGGAGGUAAAAUUUGGCAAUACCACCUUUAAAACAGAUGUGUACCUCAAGUCACUCAACCCUCAGUGGAACUCAGAAUGGUUUAAAUUUGAGGUGGAUGAUGAAGACUUACAAGAUGAACCUCUACAGAUCACAGUUCUUGACCAUGAUACUUACAGUGCAAAUGAUGCCAUUGGUAAAGUGUACAUUGAUAUUGAUCCUUUACUGUAUAGUGAAGCUGCAACAGUCAUCUCAGGAUGGUUUCCAAUAUAUGACACCAUACAUGGUAUCCGUGGGGAAAUCAACGUAGUUGUUAAAGUAGACCUCUUCAAUGAUUUAAAUCGGUUUAGGCAGUCAUCAUGUGGAGUCAAAUUCUUUUGCACAACAUCUAUUCCAAAGUGCUAUAGAGCUGUGAUAAUUCAUGGAUUUGUAGAAGAACUUGUUGUCAAUGAAGACCCAGAAUAUCAAUGGAUUGAUCGAAUUCGCACGCCCAGGGCAUCAAAUGAGGCCAGACAGAGACUCAUUUCUCUAAUGUCAGGCGAACUGCAGAGAAAGAUUGGCUUGAAAGUACUUGAAAUGAGAGGCAAUGCAGUUGUUGGGUACUUACAGUGUUUUGAUCUGGAGGGCGAGUCUGGGUUAGUGGUACGAGCCAUAGGAACAGCGUGUACUCUGGAUAAAUUAAGUAGCCCAGCAGCAUUCCUUCCUGCGUGUAAUUCCCCAUCUAAAGAUAUGAAGGAGAUUCCCUUCAAUGAAGAUCCCAAUCCCAAUACUCACUCAUCAGGACCCUCAACCCCUCUGAAAAACCAAACUUAUUCCUUUUCACCUUCCAAGUCCUACAGUCGACAGUCCUCUUCUUCUGACACAGAUUUGAGUUUGACACCCAAAACUGCACCUUACCCACAGGGACCUAGGAUUUACCUGUUUCCCAGCUCCCCCUCUCUCUCUUGUGGUUCCCUUCAUCUUAAAAAGUCCUGUCUCCUCCUCUCGGAAUCUAGCCUUACCCCUCAUCAUUCUAGCCUUGUCAGCCCAGUUCUGAGGAAAAGUGUUUCUUUCAGUGAAGAGCUGUUCCUGGCUGCUUCUGGAAUGGGAAGUGGUAGUGCUGGAAAAGAAGGGGGGCCAUUUAAAGCUCUUUUAAGACAACAGACUCAGUCAGCAUUGGAACAGAGGGAAUUUCCAUUUUUUACCUUGACGGCAUUUCCUCCUGGAUUUCUCGUGCAUGUUGGGGGUGUUGUUAGCGCACGUUCUGUGAAGCUUUUGGAUCGUAUCCACAAUCCUGAUGAACCAGAAACUCGAGAUGCAUGGUGGGCAGAAAUCAGACAAGAAAUAAAAUCACAUGCUAAAGCAUUAGGCUGUCAUGCUGUAGUGGGCUACAGUGAAUCAACUAGCAUCUGUGAAGAGGUCUGCAUUUUAUCUGCAUCCGGCACAGCGGCUGUUCUGAAUCCUAGAUUUCUUCAGGAUGGCACCGUGGAAGGCUGUUUGGAACAGAGGCUUGAAGAAAACUUGCCUACAGGCUGUGGAUUUUGCCAUAUACCAUAUGAUGAACUGAAUAUGCCAUUUCCAGCUCAUCUCACAUAUUGCUAUAACUGUAGGAAACAAAAAGUUCCUGAUGUUCUCUUUACAACCAUAGACCUCCCAACAGAUGCAACAGUUAUUGGAAAAGGUUGUCUUAUUCAAGCAAGGUUAUGUCGCUUAAAAAAGAAAGCACAGGCAGAAGCAAAUGCUACAGCUAUCAGUAAUCUCUUGCCAUUUAUGGAAUAUGAAGUGCAUACUCAGCUAAUGAAUAAACUAAAACUCAAAGGAAUGAAUGCUUUGUUUGGUCUAAGAAUUCAGAUUACAGUGGGUGAAAAUAUGUUGAUGGGCUUAGCGUCUGCCACAGGUGUAUAUUUAGCAGCUUUACCAACUCCUGGUGGUAUUCAGAUUGCUGGGAAGACUCCUAAUGAUGGCUCUUAUGAACAGCAUAUCUCCCACAUGCAGAAAAAGAUAAAUGACACAAUUGCUAAGAACAAAGAGUUAUAUGAAAUUAAUCCUCCGGAGAUAUCUGAAGAAAUUAUAGGAUCCCCCAUCCCAGAACCUAGACAGCGUUCAAGACUUUUAAGAUCUCAAUCAGAAAGUUCUGAUGAAGUCACAGAAUUAGACCUUUCACAUGGGAAAAAAGAUGCUUUUGUUUUGGAGAUUGAUGACACAGAUGCCAUGGAAGAUGUACAUUCUCUACUUACUGAUGUUCCUCCUCCUUCAGGCUUUUAUAGUUGUAAUACAGAAAUUAUGCCUGGUAUAAAUAAUUGGACAUCUGAAAUACAGAUGUUCACUUCGGUAAGAGUAAUCAGAUUAAGCAGCCUUAACCUGACUAAUCAAGCUCUCAAUAAGAACUUUAAUGAUCUCUGUGAAAAUUUGCUCAAGAGCUUGUAUUUUAAACUACGAUCCAUGAUCCCCUGCUGCCUUUGCCAUGUAAAUUUUACAGUAUCUCUGCCUGAAGAUGAAUUAAUUCAGGUUACAGUCACAGCAGUUGCAAUAACUUUUGACAAAAAUCAGGCUUUACAGACCACAAAAACACAUGUUGAAAAGUCAUUGCAAAGAGCCUCUACAGAUAAUGAAGAACUUCUGCAGUUUCCGCUGGAACUGUGUUCAGAUUCACUUCCUUCUCAUCCUUUUCCACCAGCUAAAGAACACCUGGAGAGUGCAAGUUCUAACUCAGGUAUACCAGCUGCACAGAGAGCAACGUCAGUUGAUUACAGUUCCUUUGCAGACAGAUGCAGCAGCUGGAUAGAGCUCAUUAAACUGAAAGCUCAGACCAUAAGGCGUGGAUCAAUUAAGACAACUGUGACAGUUGAAAAAGCAAGUCCAAUGGGUGAAGGAAAUUUCCGGAAUCGUUCUGCUCCACCUUGUGCAAAUUCCACAGUUGGGGUUGUUAAGAUGACACCUCUUUCUUUCAUUCCUGGCGCAAAAAUAACUAAAUAUCUUGGGAUAAUCAACAUGUUUUUUAUUCGAGAAACCACUUCUCUUCGUGAGGAAGGAGGAGUCAGUGGUUUUCUCCAUGCUUUUAUUGCUGAAGUGUUUGCAAUGGUGAGAGCUCAUGUUGCUGCAUUAGGAGGGAAUGCUGUUGUCUCCUACAUAAUGAAGCAGUGUGUCUUCAUGGAGAAUCCAAAUAAAAACCAGGCACAGUGUCUUAUAAAUGUAAGUGGUGACGCAGUGGUUUUUGUUCGCGAAUCUGAUUUAGAAGUGGUACCAGCCCAGCAACCUUCUGCCAACUGCCAGCCGUCAUGUACUGAAGGAGAAGUUACAACCUGAAGACAAUUAGAAAGAAAGAGCUCAACCAACCAAAUGAAAAUCAUCUGUCUCCAUUGUUUUGUCGUUAAUUACCUUUGUAGACUUAACAUUGAACUUAAUUUAAGAUAAUUAAGAAAACUGAGUAGAUUUGAUUUGUCUGGAGUCUCUUGGAGGCAUGAGAAUUUUCUAAUCUUGAUGUUUGACACUUUGUUUGCCUACUCUAGAGAGACAGGCCCUUGGAAUAUUCACCAUUCAGUAAGUUAAGAUAAAUUUCUAAGAGAACUGUAGCAAAGAUGGAAGCUAUUUGUAAUUUAUAUUGAUUUUAAUAAAAUCAUAAUUUAAAAGAUGAAAUGGGAAGAUUAUCUAGAAUCUGGGAUAGCUGCCCUAGUUUAAUUUAGAAAAACUAAACAAGAAGCCCACAAAUUGUUAAUUAGUAAGCAACCUGAUUUGAGAUAUGUAUGGGGAAAAUGGAGAAAUGUUUUUAGAAAAUUAGUGUAUGGGUUUCUUAGUGUGUGUUAUUUUGAUGGGGAAUUCAGUAACAACUGAAAGGGAAAAAUGCUUCAGCCAUCAUAUGAAAAGAAGUUAAAAUUCUGCAACUUGUAUCCAUAAUACAUGCUAGCUAUGAAAAGAGGUGAUUUAUCAUAGCCAGUGUCCUUUCAUUGAAAGUUUUCAUAUCUCUAAGGAAGAAAAAAAUACAAUUUUACAACUGGCCACAUUUGAGUUAGUAUUUAAUUUGUCUAGAAAAGGCUUGGCUUCAACUGGAAGAAAAUGUCUGAAUUUUGUUGAAGUAGUAAAAACACAGUUGAUCUAGUAGGAACAUACAAUUAUUUUUUAAUAAAAUUAUACUCCUACCAAAUAAACAAUUUUAAUGAUAUCUUAGGGGUUUUUGAUGGUGAGUUCGACUAUUUGGCAUAGAAUUUGAAGAUGUAACUUGAAUGUAAAUAUGCUGCAAAAUGUUGAAUGUAUACAUGGAAAUACUUUUUCUGUCAAUGCCAAAUGCCCAUUGUAAAUGAACCUUAAAAUAUUACAUUCCUCCUUUGCACAAUAAAAUUUCUUUAUAAAAGUCAUGAUUUUGUUCUUCCAGGACAACAAACUGCCCUCAAGAUUAAGAGUCAUUUCCUUGUUAUCACAGGUGUCAAUAUUUUUCUGUAUUUUGUUUAUAAUUUUAUUUUUUAAAUAAAAAGUUUAUAAA